AUGGCCCCCUCUCUCUCGAGAUCCUCGACCUCGAUGCUGAUCGGUGCGGCCGCCACAGCCUGGAUGACAGGCUUCGCCUUCACGGCCCCGGGCCAGGUUCGCACUUCCCCAAGCGGCGGGCUCCGUCAGGGGAACGUGCGCGGCGCCCGGGCGUCCGAUGUCCGCGGCGCGACGCUCGGUGGGGCCUCGGCCCUGGGCGGCCUCUGCGUGACCGUGGCCCUGGUGCGAGGCGGCAAGUCCAUGAGGAAGGCACUGAGCCAGGACGAGCUGAAGAAGAUGGUUGGCUACAAGGCGGUGGACGACUACGUGCAGAGCGGCACUGUGAUUGGCCUUGGCACCGGCUCCACCGCCGCCUUUGCCGUGGAGCGUGUGGGUGAGAAGCUGAAGUCCGGAGAGCUCAAGGACAUCAUCGCCAUCCCCACGUCCAUCCGCACGCAAGAGCAGGCCGAGAGCCUGAACAUUCCCUUGGCCACCUUGGACACCCACAGUGAUUUGGAUGUGGCCAUCGAUGGGGCCGACGAGGUGGACCCUGCCCUGAACCUGGUCAAGGGUGGUGGCGGGGCGCUCUUUCGUGAGAAGAUCGUUGAGAUGUGCGCCAAGAAGUUCAUUGUCAUCGUGGAUGAGUCCAAGCUUUGCGACGGCCUUGGGCCUGGUUUCCCAGUGCCCGUGGAGAUCGUGCCCUUCUGCCACGAGCACACCAUGCGCAAGAUCGCUUCCCUGCCCGCGUUGAAGGGAUGCGACCCCGUGCUGCGGCUGGGAAACGUGGCCAACAAUCAGCCGGAUGGCGACGAGCCGGCGGUGACGGACAACGGCAACUACAUUGUGGACCUGAAGUUCACCAGCCCCAUCAAAGAUCCCGUGGCUGCCGGUGAGCAGCUGAAGGCCACCGUGGGCGUUGUCGACCACGGGCUCUUCACCGGCAUGACCACCGCCUGCAUCGUGGCGGGCAAGGAGGGCAUCAUUGUCAAAGACUGA